AUGUCUCGCGUUUUAUGCGUUGCUGAAAAGCCGGCAAUUGCAAAGGCGUUGGCGGGUGCAUUGGGUGGUGGCAAUGUAGCGUUACGAUCCACAAGCUCCAAGUACAUCAAAAACUAUGAUGUGAGCUACAAUUUCCCUCAGUGGGGGCCAUGUCAGGUCACUGUCACGUCGGUGAUGGGACAUCUCACAGACAUCAAGUUUACAAGCGAUGGCCCGUGGCACAAUGUGCAAGAGCAGCUGUUCACGACACCAAUGGAAACGCUGAUUGCUGAAGGGAUGCAAAAGGUCGCCAAAAAUAUCCAGCAGGAGGCCAAAAAGUCCCAAAGGCUGUUUAUUUGGACGGACUGCGACCGAGAGGGAGAGUUCAUUGGAAGCAAUAUAGUUGACGAGGCCAAGAAAGCCAACCCCCGCAUUCAGGUUUUUCGCGCCAAUUUCAACAAUGCAGAGCCGUCGCAUCUCCGGCAAGCCGCGGGAAGACCAGGCACUAUCAACCAGAAUGAAGCUGAGGCAGUGCAGGUACGGCGCGAGCUUGAUCUACGUACUGGUGCCGCAUUUACGCGUUUGCAGAGCACUCUGUUACAAAAGGAGGUCAAUGGUGCUGCCAAGGGACAAGUGAUCUCGUAUGGUCCUUGCCAAUUCCCUACCUUGGGGUUCGUGGUUGAUCGGUACUUUCGUCGAAAAAAUCAUUUGCCCGAAACGUUCUGGUACAUCCAGCUGCGUGCCAAGCCAAAUGGAUCUGAUGCGAAACCAGUAAACUUUAAUUGGUCUCGUGGGCGCUUGUUUGAUCGCAUGGCGGCAGUGUUGUUAUACGAACGAGCCUUGGUUGCGGGGUCGAAGGCCAAAAUCACCAGCGUCAGCGAAAAACCAACAAAGCAGUACAAACCGCUGCCGUUGACCACUGUCAAUCUUCAAAAGCUGGGUGCAAAGUUCUUGCAUCUAAGUGGUAAAACAAUCAUGGGGAUAGCUGAGCAUCUCUACAACAAAGGUUAUAUUUCGUAUCCUCGCACAGAGACCGAUCGCUACGAUACUGCUAUUGAUCUCAAAGCUUUAGUGGCAAAACAGCAUUUGAAUGGAAAGUGGGGCGAUUACAGCAAGGCUUUGAGCGACGGGAAGUUCACUAGACCUCGGGACGGAAAGCAUGAUGAUAAGGCUCACCCGCCCAUCCACCCUGUCAAAGGGAUUGCUAAUGUGGACGGCAACGCUGAUCUCACUACAAAAGCACACGCACAAGUAUAUGAGUUUAUAUGCCGGCACUUUCUGGCUACGUGUAGUGACGAUGCUCAAGGCGUUAAAACCGAGGUUACACUUGAAUACGGGCCUGAAAAGUUUCACGCAGAGGGCGUCCGAGUUAUUGCCAGAAAUUACCUGGAGGUUUAUACAUAUGCCAAAUGGGACUCUAAGGAGCUCCCAGCCUUUGUUCAGAGUGAGGAGGUGAGUGUGAGUUUGUGCAAACUUGCCGAGGGCAAAACCACGGCACCCACGCUGCUAACCGAGCCCGAGCUCAUCGCGUUAAUGGACACAAAUGGAAUUGGCACUGACGCAACUAUGGCAGAUCAUAUUCAGAAGAUUCAAGAUCGAGAAUUUGCAGUCAAGAAUCGCAGCAAAGAGUUUAUGCCCACCCAACUGGGCAUCGCUUUGGUGGUAGGCUACGAUCGUAUUGGCCUCGAAAAAUCUUUGUCAAAACCGGGGUUGAGGAGAGAGACCGAAGAAAUGAUGAACUCAAUUGGUCACGGCACAGUUACACCCCAGGCGGCGAGGAAAAAAGUUGUUCAAGAGUACUUGGCUAUGUUCAAGCAAACCGCAGAGAAAAAGCAAGUUCUUGUUGAAGCAUUCAGAGAGUAUACGCCCUCGUAA